AUGUCCGUCCCCAAAGCGGCUUUGAUGCAAAUAUUUGACCUGUACGACACUGAUCGUGCCGGUUGGAUCCCCACCAAACGUAUUCCUUACGUACUGCGAACCUGCGGGAUGAUCUCUACACAAACGGAGAUGGAAACUCUACUCCAUGAUCACUUUGCAUCCUGUGACACCGUGACGCGCAGUGGGUUUCAGAAAUUCUUGGAGCAAAAGGACAUCCUCAAGGCGGAGGAUUUUAGCUCAGAGAAGGAAUUGGCAACGGCAUUUCAGGUAUUUGACUCACGUGAAUCCGGGGCACUCACGUCGGAUGAGGUGCUAACGAUUCUAACCCGCAUGAAUGAGAAGAUUGAUGUGGACGCAUAUCAUCGCGUCAUGGAUGGGCUCGAGCUGAACGAGCAGGGCAUGGUGGAAGUCGCCCAGCUUGCGGCACACAUGCUGCGCUCUGCGAAUGAAUACAAGCUUACCGUGCAGCAGGUUCUUGAGGAGCUUGCAGAGUAA